GGCUUCCAUUCUGAAUCUCAUUCCGCGCCCGCGCCCGCGCCACUCCGCUACACUCGUCGGUCGUCGCUCGACAUAAACACGACGCUUCCUCGCUCGCUGGACAAAAAUGUGUUACGGGCCAUUAGUGCACUAAGUUUCUAGUGACAGUGUUCGUGUUAUAACACCUAGAACCUUUUGUUUUUUCGCUUCCUCCAAGGACAUAUUAUAAAGGAUGAUGGCUCCCGAGACAGUUGUGACCGUAGACCCCAACAAGCCUUCUCCGCAGCAAGCGCAGCCGCCGCAGCAGCAGGGCGGACCGCUAGACUGGAUCAAAAUUAACAUAGAUUAUUUUAAAGCACCGCCAGGAUUAUUAAAGAUCGUACAAUUGAUCAUAGGUAUCCUGUGCAUGGCGCUGGGUUCACCAUGGGCGUCCGCGUGGUUCGUCUUCGUUGCCGUCACCUCCUUCAUCACAACACUCAUGUGGAGCUUUGUAUACUUACUCAGCAUCAGAGAAGCAUUAAAACUACCCAUCAAUUGGGUCUUAUCUGAAUUGAUCAGCACGAGUUUGGAGACGUUCUUCUAUCUGAUCGCAUUUAUAGUAAUGUUUACGACGGUGACCGGACACUAUGCGAGCAAUGUUGCCGCCGCUGUAUUUGGUAUGUUCAACACAUUGGCGUAUGCUGCCAGUUCCUUCUUGCUGUUCAAGGAGCACAAAGCCAGCGUGGCGGCUGCCUCGUGAAAUUUAUUCUCUUGCGCAGGCGCAUUAUUUUGAAAAAUAUUUUGUUGUCUUUUCAUUAAAUUCACUUCACUGAAACCUCUUAGGGUUUUCUAUUUGUACAGAAUUUAUAGUAAAAAUUUUGAAGGUCUAAAUUCACGAUUCCAUAGAAAGAUUUUUUCUCUUUGCAUUGCAUUUUUAUACACUAACUUAAAGGCUAGAAACACUUAUGUAUUACUUGAUAUAAAGGCACUAUGUUAAAUUAUUGUUUCGAUUUUUAAAGACUAUGUAACAAUAAAUAAGGCCAUAGAUUUUGUACCUACUUUUGUUAAGAAAGUAUAUAGAGUUUAAUACGGUUUAUCAUUUUCUAUUUAUUAUUUUUAAUGUGUUCAUUUUGACUGUGUUGACAUUAUGACUCUGUUAUAGCCGUAGUUCGAUAUAUAUGUGUAUUUUACAAUAAAAAUAUGUUAAAAAAUGACUAAAUAUAUAAAACAAAAUUAAUAUAUAAUGCACAUAUUUUCUAUUUAUAAAGUGACACGUUAUUCGUGGUUUAAUAUUUAAAACUUAUAUAUUUAGCUUAGCUAGUCUUAAUAAGGGUUCACAAAAUAAUAUAUUUUUAUUAUAUUUUCUAUCGUAUAACUAAAAUCAAAAUCAAUGUAAUCGAUCAUAUACUGUGGUUGUGAGGGUUUUUUUAAAUCAGAAAUAGCAAAACAUCCGUUGAAUUGUACCGCAGAAACAUUCAAAAAUAUAGUUGUCUCUGUUCUUUCAAAGAGGAUGAGCGGGAUGGAAAUGUUUUUAAAUCCAUAGGUAACAUAUACCUAAUCCGGAGCACAAAAGUGGGAUAAAAAAAAUAGUCCUCUAGAGGUCAUUUUUCCUCAGCCUCAGUGUUGUUAUCUUAACACGUUAGUUGCCAUGUCGGACUAUAUGUCCGACAAGCUAAUGUUUUAAGCAGGCCGUGUCGGACUAUAUGACCGACAAGCCAUACUUCCAUUCAACACCUCGCUGUGGCUUGGCGGACGCUUUUUAAUCGAAUUGUUGUAUACAGCGUGGCCCGCAAUGCCCCAUAAAGCUUAUAAACACCAGGUCAAUUUUGUUCGUUUUUCGAAAAAUCAUUCCGGCAGCUAACGUGUUAAAGUAGUAAAUCUAUGGGAAACUUAUGUAGUUAACUUAUUACUGUUUAUUUAUGUAUUUUAAGUUUAGAUUGGUUGAGGUGCAUACCUACAGGUGUUGUAUGAAAUUUACACAAAAUCUAAACAGUACUGUGAAAGAAACUCGAACAAAAAUUUAGUGAUUCAUUCGAUUACGUUUCAAAGCUGUAUACAUCGUUUUAUUACACUUACGUGUUAAUAUUUGAUACCUAAGUUAAACGCCCAAUAGUUAAUUUAACUAAUUUGUAAAAAGUAAAUAAAGUUUAUUUUAACAU